GCUUCACAAAAUCGCCUCAAACGUCAGUCAGGUCACUAAUGCAUUUCCACUAGAGGAGCGAGCAGCAGAUCUUAAGGAUUUAGAUCUGGAUGUGGACCCUCUGCCUCUUCAACGAAGUCUUGGGCUUGGGUGGAACUUAGAAAAUGACUCUUUUACAUUCCAAGUGGGAAAAGAUACUAAGCCAUUUACCCGCAGAGGCAUACUUUCUGUUGUAAACAGCCUAUAUGACCCCCUAGGGUUCGCUGCCCCAGUGACAAUUCAGGGCAAAGCACUGUACAGGGAGCUAACUCUAGAACAACAGGACUGGGAUGAACCUCUACCAACAAACAGGGAGAUAGAGUGGACCAGAUGGACUGAAUCACUUACUGCUCUUGAAGGUCUCCAAAUCCCCAGACCCUUUGUACCAAUUUCACUGUCACAUACUCAAACAAGGGAACUAUGCAUUUUUUCAGAUGCUUCAACAAUGGCAAUAGCAGCUGUAGCUUACCUCAGGGUUGUUGACACAAAUGGUCAGUGCCAUGUGGGGUAUAUGAUGGGUAAAUCUAAACUAGCGCCAUCUUCUGCCCACACAGUCCCACGCCUAGAACUGUGCGCAGCUGUUUUAGCAGUCGAACUCGCUCAGAUAAUCAUCGAGGAAAGUGACAUUGAGUUUCAAGCUGUCGACUUUUAUACUGACAGUAAGAUAGUUCUUGGGUACAUUCACAACAGCACUCGUCGAUUCUAUGUGUAUGUAGCUAAUAGGGUUGCCCAGAUCCGCAGAUCAACCACACCCGACCAGUGGCAUCAUGUGGCCACAGACCAAAAUCCAGCAGACCAUGGUACCAGGCUCGUUCUCGCAUCACAACUGCAAUACACAACCUGGCUCUCUGGUCCUCUGUUCUUAAAGGUCAAUACUGAGCAACGUGAUAAGCCUGAAAGUUUUGAUCUUGUGGAUCCAUCAGUGGACAUGGAAAUCCGUCCUCAAGUGACCACUUUAGCAACAAACGUCAAGGAGAACAAGCUUGGCUCACACAGAUUUGAGCGUUUCUCAACCUGGAAAUCCUUGGUUAGGGGAAUGCAAGCUCUCAUUCACAUGGCAAGGUCGUUUUCAAAGGUCAUACCUACGGACCACUGUGAUAAACACUCCACAGAUCUCUCUCAAGCAAAGACAGUUGUUAUCAAAUGUGUUCAACAGGAGAUCUUUAGAGAGGAAAUCAAAAGACUUUCUGAGGGAAAAGAGAUAUCCUCGCACAGUCCCCUUGAAAAACUUGAUCCCUUUAUUGAUAGUGAAGGUUUGUUAAGGGUUGGGGGACGUUUGCAAACAGCAGAUCUUUCUGAACUAGAAAAACACCCCUUGAUUAUCCCAGGUUCUCAUCAUUUAGCAGUUCUCUUAGUCAGACACUAUCACAACCAAGUAGCUCAUCAGGGACGUCAGUUUACGGAGGGUGCUCUGCGCACCGCAGGACUUUGGGUUCUAGGGGCUAAAAGACUGGUUUCUCGCAUAAUUCACCAAUGUGUCACAUGUAGGAAACUAAGGGGUCGUCUAGAGGAACAAAAAAUGGCAAUUUUACCUGCUGAUAGGCUUACCAUUGACCCGCCAUUUACUUACGUAGGUUUAGAUGUUUUUGGACCUUGGAAUGUCACAUCCCGCCGCACAAGGUCAAACAGUGCUGAGAGCAAAAGGUGGGCAGUGAUGUUUACAUGUCUUUGUACUAGGGCAGUGCAUAUAGAAGUUGUCGAGUCAAUGUCCACCUCCAGCUUCAUAAACGCUCUCCGACGAUUCUUGUCAAUCAGGGGACCAGUCAAACGCCUUAGGUCAGACCAAGGUACAAACUUUAUCGGUGCCUGUAAGGAGUUGCGAAUCAACUCUGAAGAUCCAGAAAUCAAGAAUUUCUUACAGGACCAAAGCUGCACUUGGGCAUUCAACACCCCGCAUUCCUCUCACAUGGGAGGGGUGUGGGAGAGGAUGAUCGGACUAGUUCGAAACAUUCUCGACAGUUUACUUUUGAAAAACUCUAACAGUCGUCUCACACAUGAGGUAUUGGUCACUCUUAUGGCUGAGGUCAUGGCCAUAAUGAACGCCAGGCCUUUGGUCCCUGUGACUACAGAUCCUGAAACACUGGAAAUCCUCUCACCUGCAAUGCUUCUCACUCAGAAGGCCAGUCCAGUGUUAUCACCUCCGGGGAAUUUUGAACUCAAAGACCUUUACAAAGCCCAGUGGCGUCAAGUUCAGGGGCUUGCCGAUUGUUUCUGGAAAAGGUGGAGGCAGGAAUACCUCACCACUCUGCAAGCAAGACGAAAAUGGAAAGCAGAAAAACCUAACAUAAAAGAGGGUGAUGUUGUUUUGUUAAAAGACACUCAAAUCAAACGUAAUGAAUGGCCUGUUGGUAUUGUAGUUAAGGCUAUUCCCAGUGAUGACAAAAGGGUAAGAAAACUUGAAGUCAAGAUUGUAAAACAAGGUUCUGUUAAGACGUAUAUGAGACCUGUUACUGAUGUAAUUGUACUUUUGUCUGAAAAUGGGGAUAAAGGUUAAAUAGUGGUAUAUUCAUUAAUAUACCAGGCGGGGAGUGUACUGUUGACCCAUUUAAUACUUUAUUUGUUAUAAAGU